CACCUGGGGCCGGGCGCAGCAGGUGUCUGGUCUGGCGCCCAGCGCCGGGGACUCGGAGCGCGAGCCGGGACCCUCGACGCGUCGGGUGAGCCCAGGGACUUGGCGGCAGGGCCCACCCCCGGAAUUCCAGAGGCGACCGCAAGGACCCAGCUGGCGAAGGAAGGUCCAGCAGGGAGGAAACGCGCUCGCUUCGCCCCACCUUGUGCAAAUGACUCGGAGCUUAGUUGCAUGGCAUUUUGGAAUGCCAGGUACCAAAAGUGAGAUUACUGAAAGCAGUAAAACUGAGAUUAUCAGCCAAGAAAGACCUACUGGAGAAAGCAAAGGAUGGAAGCGAAAGUGAAGCAGUGUUUUAUCCUAUGUACUUCGGCAGACCUUCUGCAAUUCAGCUAAAACCAUGACUGCUCUUUCUUCAGAGAACUGCUCUUUUCAGUACCAGUUACAUCAAGCAAAUCAGCCUCUAGAUGGUAACUGUCUGCUAUUCUUGAUUAUACUUGGGAAAAUAUUACUGAAUAUCCUCACAUUAGGAAUGAGAAGAAAAAUCACCUAUCAAAAUUUUAUGGAAUAUUUCUGCAUUUCACUAGCGUUCAUCGAUCUUUUACUUUUAGUAAACAUUUCCAUUAUAUCCUAUUUCAGGGAUUUUGUACUUUUAGGCAUUAGGUUUACUAAAUACCACAUCUGCCUAUUUACUCAAAUUAUUUCUUUCACUUAUGGUUUUCUGCAUUAUCCAGUUUUCCUGAUAGCUUGUAUAGAUUAUUACCUGAAUUUCUCCAAAACCACAAAGCUAGCAUUUAAGUGUCAAAAAUUAUUUUAUUUCUUUAUAGUAAUUUUAAUUUGGAUUUCAGUCCUUGCUUACGUUUUGGGAGAUCCAGCUAUCUACCAAAGCCUGAAGGCACAGAAUGUUUAUUCUUACCAGUGUCCUUUCUACAUUAGCAUUCAGAGUUACUGGCUGUCAUUUUCCAUGGUGGUGAUUUUAUUUAUGGCUUUUCUAACCUCUUGGUCAGAAGUUACUGCCUUGGUACAGGCUGUUAGGAUGACUUCCUAUAUGAAUGAGACUAUCCUGUAUUUUCCCUUUUCAUCCCAUUGUAGUUAUACUCUGAGCUCUAAAAAAACACUCCUGCCCAAGUUCAUUAUCUGUUUUCUUGGUACCUGGUUACCAUUUGUAGUACUUCAAAUAAUUAUCCUUUUACUUAAAGUACAGAUUCCAGCAUUUAUUGAGAUGAACAUCCCAUGGUUGUACUUCGUCAAUAGUUUUCUCAUUGCUACAGUUUAUUGGUUUAAUUGUCACAAGCUUAAUUUAAGAGACAUUGCAUUACCUGUGGAUCCAUUCGUCAACUGGAAAUGCUGCUUCAUUCCACUUACAAUUCAUAAUCUUGAGCAAAUUGAAAAGCCUAUAUCAAUAAUAAUUUGUUAAUGUUGCCAUGUUAAAACUAAUUAAAACUGACAACUACAGUAGGAAUCAUAAUUUUACAAAGGGAAAGGACAUACAAAGAUUGAACUGAACUGAGGCUCCCCUCCCCGGCCCCAACUUUCAUACCUUUUCAGAAUGUGUCUUUUGGGACUAUGGUAUUAAAAACAAAAUAAUUCCAAGAAAAUUUUUUAUACCUGUUCAGGAACACUGCGUGUUACCAAUAUUAAUUUAACACAGAAGUGAAGCGAGUUAAUAUUUGGCCAUACUGAUUUCAUGUUACCCAAAAAACUAGUGGAUGCAAACUGUUAUGUAAAUCUGAGCUUCUCUGCCAGUGAUAUACAAAUGUAAAUAAACAUUUUUAUUAAAUUCAGAGCAAGAAAAUCAAGAUCAUUUUCUUAAAAUUAUUUGGUGUAAAUAUUCCUUUAACAUAAAGGGAAAAUUAGCUCAAUUUGAAUUUAGGUAAUUUUCAAAACUCUCUCUCUGUUCUUAAUACAGAUAUUCCUGGAAGAAAAGUUUUAGUUGCUCACCUUACAGAACUGGGGAGUAGUGACUAGGUCUCUUUCCAUGACAUACCAGAUUCAUUUUCAUUUAUAACUUAUAUGUCACAUACUUGCAUGUCAAAUCAUAAUCACAUGGGCAAUGUAUCACACUGUAAAAGUAAAGGAGGGUUUCUUAUCCUCAGCACUGUUCACAUUUUGGGUUGGAUAAUUCUUUGUUGUGGGAGACUGCCCUGUGCACUGCAGGGUCUUCGCCAGAGUAAAGCCAUCUCAAUGACAGAAAUCAACUGAAGUCACUUUGUUCAACUACGUAGAUACUGUCUAUAACUGUCACCAUUUCUAAACUUCAUCCCCUCUACUUCUCUGGGUUACUUUCCCUCUGACUGUACCACUUUCUAACUAACUGGCCAUUACCUAGGACUGAGAUACUUUAAAAUAUAUUGUACUUAGUAAAGAUUUACACUCUGCACAUUAUAAAUAGGCAAAUUUGUAACUAUUUCAAAGCCCUCAUAAGCUUAAAGAAAAAAUUAUUCAAUCGACCAGCCAAAUGGAAGAGGCUUUUAUUUGUAAAGAAAUGAACUUACAACUGGUCUACAAUAUAUUAUUGUAAUAUAAACAAUAUAAAUAAAUGAUCCUGUAGGCCCACUAACCUUCCAUCCAGACCCACAUGAGGCAAUGUUAACAAUAUUCUAUAUGAAAAUGUGCAGGUAACAAAGGUGCAAUUACAAGCAAGUUUAAGCAGCAGAGUAUAAGGUGCUUUAAUUUAACAGUUAAUGUUGCCAUCAACAAACAUUUGAAUGCUCAAUUUUACUUCACUGAAUACAGACACAACAAAUAUGAAAAUCUAAAAUUCAUACACAUGCUACUUGUUAAUAUGAAAGUGCUUUCUCUUUUAAAAAAAUACACCAAAUGGACAGUCUUUUUACAUAGAUCAUGAUGUGCUCUUAUAAUGCAAAAUUAACUUCAUUUUCAGGUUAUACAUUUUAAAACUGUAGCUAUAGACACCAAUCUAGGAACGCUAAUGCUAAGAGUGCUAAAACUAUUUCAUUUCCUGUAAGGAGGACUCUAAUACAAUAUCCAAUGGAAAGAAUACAUCUAUAUAUAAUCUUAACACCUGUUUUUUGUAAAAGUAAAAAAGGUUUCCUUUCCCCUUGGUGAUGCUUUGUUCAACCUGGGUAGAUGAGCUUUUGAGGUUUUAGUAAUAUGAAAGUCCUAUUUUAGAACAAUGGGAGGAACCAAAAGGAAUUUAAAAAUCAGUUAAUGUGUGCUUGAAGCAUCAAAAAAAAAUUACAACAAUUUGCCUUUGUUAAAUCAACGAAGUAACAUUUUUUUUAACAAGCAAGAAGACAAAAAGCAGUAAUUUAACAGAGGCUUGAAAUGCCCACCCUCGCCUCUCCUGUCAGUACCCCUCCACACACUGUGUCUACAACUCCAGCCUUCACCACAGCUCACUCCUCACUCUGAGGAUAGUUUUUAGAACUCACUUUGACUUUUUUUUCCUAUGGAAAAAAACAAGACCAAGCUUCUGAACGAGGUGAUUGGGAAUCUAAGUGUACUGGCAAUCAGACAUCUAUAAUUAUGCACACUGCAUUAGCUUUUUAAAAUUCAAGAAUACAUAUACAAAAAGUAUGCUAUAGAUAUUUUAACACCAUAAAAUAUUUGAAAAAUUAGGUGAAUUAAAACAUUUUAAAAGUAAAUUUUAACCAGGACCAUGGAAAAUUCUUUUAAACCCAGACUAUUUGGUUACUUGGGUGUCAGUGUUCUAUUUUCAAUCAGUUUUAGAUUCUAAUCUAACAUGUAUUGGGACAUUUUCCUGCUUUAAAAGCUGCAACGAUGAUGCAUAAAAGAUCUUUUUUAAUAUUAGGUGUUUUUAUUUUGAGGGGGUGAGGAAAAAAAGAUAUUUUCAUUUUGUAUCUUUAUGGAGAAUGCUAGCAUGAUGUUAAUCUGUAUUGCUGGAACAACAGGAAUUAGAACAUUUCACAGAACCCCCAAGUGGUAAGGAAAUUACCCAGUUAAUCAAUGCCAUUCAAUAUUUAUUCUCCAAAGAGCUGUCAAUUCAAGCAUGGAAUGGUUUUAUGUUGACCAGUUCUGCAUUUUAAAGGAAACCCUUUUAACUAUGUAAUACAUGUGUGCUUUCUAAAAAGUAUUUGUAAUAACAGUAAAUUUUGUGUAAUUUCUUGCUUUAUCAACAAAAGACAAUAAAAAACAAACCUGUUUAGCGAUC